CUGAUACAUGCGUGCUCGACCUACUUGCGCAACGCCCUCGCUCUCUGACUAGAAAUUGGAGUGAAUCCUCAAUCUCCUGCAAACUCCAGGCUGAGGACCGUUGAGUCUUAAAGGGUCUGGAGCUCUCGGAUACAGGACUGGCUAUAUGGGACGCUACUUGGAUGUCACAGUCUUUCACUCUCCUAAGGGAUCAUAUUAAUUAUUUAAAGGUUUUCUAUUUUUACAUUUUUUAAGUUACUUUCCCGUCGCGACGUUCUCAUUAUGUGCAGCUGGCUGCUGCAGUCCGCCCAUCAUCAUACUUGGGAAUCUAGAACGUUCGGAUGUUCUGUUGAUCCCGACUUUAUUCUUCUUUAGGACACUUUCUAUUUUAUGGAAAGACUGAGGACAAUAUCACAAUUCGUUCCAAAAUGGAUUUAAAUCCAAGCGUAAAAUGUAAAAUAGUUGUCGUUGGGGAUAGUGAAUGUGGGAAAACCGCUCUACUAAAUGUGUUUGCAAAAGAUUCAUUUCCUGAGGGCUACAUUCCCACGGUGUUUGAGAACUACACGGCAAGUUUUGAAAUCGAUACGCAGAGAGUUGAACUCCGUCUGUGGGACACUUCAGGCUCUGCAUACUAUGACAACGUGCGACCUCUCUCCUACCCGGACUCUGAUGCAGUCCUCAUCUGUUUUGACAUCAGCAGACCAGAGACCCUGGACAGUGUACUGAAGAAGUGGAAAGGAGAGAUUGAGGAAUUCUGUCCCAACACCAAGAUGCUGCUGGUGGGGUGCAAGUCAGACCUACGCACCGACCUUUUUACCAAAUCUCACUCUGGCCAUACCCCAGUGUCCUAUGAUCAGGGCUCUAACAUGGCCAAGCAGAUCAGUGCUCCGUACAUCGAGUGUUCGUCUCUGCAGUCUGAGAACAGCGUCAGGGACCUCUUCCACGUGGCCACGCUGGCCUGCGUCAACAAGGGCAACAAGAACGUCAAACGCAACAAGUCCUCCAGGAGCACCAAGAGGAUCUCACACAGCAGACCAGACCUGCCCACCGUGGUGUCAGACUUCCAGAAGACUAAAACUAAGACCUGUGCUGUUAUGUGACUGGGAUGAUGUCAUUAGAGAGACUGGGAGACACUGUGAACAUGCUAAUGAGCAUUUGAAUUUUGUACAACCAUGAAGAGCUUUAUGCACUAUUAGUGUGCCAACUGAAUGAGGGAUGGUGUUGAGAUGGUGAAAACAUCUACGUUAUACCCUGCUUUUUUACACGCUAGGGGAAGCAUAAAAACAAGGUGUAAAUGAACACGUCAUGAACUAGAUGUAUCCCAGACAGUCGUCACUAAAGAGCUCUACUUUUAUUCUCAGCUUGAACUUGAAUCCUAUGGUUUAGAACACAGGCAGGGUUGAAGAAUCCUGACUAUUGAAAAGCAUCCAUUUCUGAAGUGUUGCAGGUACCAGUGUUUUGGGGGUCUGCUGUUUUCAAGGAUCCUGUGUUCUUCCCAGUAAUGAACCGAAAUUGUUGUGAGGAGAGACAAUGAAGGAUAUGAGAGCAGUUAGAUUGUGUAAUGUACAGAGAAGCAAUGAUGACAACCAAGAUGUUGUCUGAGCAGAAUUGAUGCAUGUCACGUGUUGUCACCAUUUACAUUUCCUUUUUUCUUAAUGUUGCCCUUUUCUGAAUCUCUUUAUUACAAUGUAUUAUUCUAAAACAAUGUCAAAAUAGUUCAUUUCAGAACUGUCAAUUUGCCAUGUUUAAAUGUACUGUAGUCAUGUAAAUGUGGUACAUGUUUGAAUUUAUACUUAUGCACGUAUAAGCCCAUCAUUAAAUGCCUCAGUGCUGCAUUUAUUGACCAUUGGGAAGUACAUACUUUCCUACUGAA